AUGUCGCACAGAGGUUCAGGUCUCCUUGAAAUUUUGUACGCAAGAUGCUGCAAUUCUUAUUCCAGGAGAUAUCAAUCUUCUCUUACUGGAGAAUCUCUCUCAGUUACUAAGAACCCAUCUGACGAGGUGUCCUCUGGUUCAACCUGUAAACAAGGAGAGCUUGAAGCCGUUGUUAUUGCAACUGGAGUGCACACUUUCUCUGGCAAGGCUGCACAUUUAGUUGACAGUACUAACCAAGUUGGCCAUUUCCAGAAGGUUCUUACUGCUAUUGGUAACUUCUGUAUCUAUUCGAUCGCACUCGGUAAACUAGGAGAGCUUGAAGCCGUUGUUAUUGCAACUGGAGUGCACACUUUCUUUGGGAAGGCUGCACAUUUAGUUGACAGUACUAACCAAGUUGGCCAUUUCCAGAAGGUACUUAGAGAUGGUCGUUGGAGUGAGCAAGAUGCCACAAUUCUUGUUCCUGGAGAUAUCAUCAGCAUCAAACUGGGGUACAUCGUCCCAGCUGAUGCUCGUUUUCUAGAGGGUGAUCAAUCUGCUCUUACUGGAGAAUCUCUCCCAGUUACUAAGAACCCAUCUGACGAGGUGUUCUCUGGUUCAACCUGUUCUUACUGCUAUUGGUAA